ACAUAAAUGAUGAAUCUAUAAUUGAACUGUGAUAAAGGCUAAAAUCAUCGCCGACCACAACGGCUUGCUAGUGGCUAAAGGCGGCCGUGCCCCCAGCCGCGCCCCCGCCAUGCAUAGGCCCUGGCCUGUCCAGAACGUCGAGCGCCUGUAUUGUCUGUAGGCUAUACCCAACGUUGGUAAACGUGAAAAAGGAGCUGAUUUACAGAGCAGAGCUACAUCAAUUUGUGACUGUCGCGUGUCGAGACGUUUUCCCCCGAUAUUUAGAUAAUAUUUAGCAGGCAUUAUGGCGGGUUCUGGACCUGAGCUUCAUAUAAAGACACCUCUUUUAGAGAGCAUCCCGAUGACGAAAGUUGCAGGCUGUCCAGUGUACAUAAAAUGUGACAACAUGCAACCAACGGCAUCCUUCAAAAUUCGAGGCAUUGGACUCAGAUGCAAGAAGGCACUUGAAGCUGGGUACACCAGAAUCAUCAGUUCAUCAGGAGGUAAUGCUGGUUAUGCUGCUGCUUAUGCGGCGAGACAACUUGGUAUGCCUGCUACCGUUGUGAUUCCAGAAAGCACAUCCAAAUUCAUGGCCGACAAAAUACGGGGUCUUGGAGCCGAUGUUAUCGUCCAUGGAAAAGUAUGGGACUAUGCUAAUGAACACGCCCUUCAACUGGCCAAGGAAGAUUCUUCAGCUGUAGUUAUUCAUCCUUUUGAUCAUCCAGAUAUUUGGGAAGGCCAUGAAUCUAUAAUCGUGGAGAUCCAAGACCAGCUUCAUGGCAAGAAACCAGACGUGGUGGUGACGUGCGUCGGGGGCGGGGGCCUGCUCUGUGGGGUGGUUCAGGGUCUGCAGACGGUGGGAUGGGGCGAUGUUCCCGUCGUUGCUAUGGAAACCUUUGGCGCUGAGAGCUUCAAUGCUGCAGUGAAGGCUGGGAAGCUUGUGACGCUACCAGAUAUAACCAGUGUUGCUAAAUCGCUUGGCUCCCUGAGGGUCGCUGAGCGCUGCCUAACCCUCAGCAGAGAGCACAGUAUUCUAUCUGGUGUUGUCACUGAUCAAAAAGCCAUUGAUGCUUGCCUUCAUUUACUUGAUGACCAUCGUAUCUUGGUUGAACCGGCUUGCGGGGCAGCCGUAUCAGCCGUCUACAGUGAUGUCUUAGGCGAGCUGAGGGCUGAGGGCAAGUUGCCCAAGAAGCUAGGAUGUGUGGUCGUCAUCGUGUGCGGUGGGGGUGCCAUCAACCUUCAAAUGUUACUCAAGUUCAAGGAAGACUGUAAUCUAUGAUUUAAUUCAUCGCAGAAUGGGGUGAUUCAAUGAAAUGUGUCCUGUAUGGCGUAUGUCUUUCAUCCACUUACCUCAUCCAAGAAUCAUCGCAGCGAUCGGGCGAUGGAAGAACUUAAUUUAAUUUAAUUUAAUUAAGGAACUUUACAUAACUAUCUUGAUCUAAAGAGACACGAACGAAGAUCCAAGACUCAUAUGGAUAAUGGCUUUUUAUGACUAUAAGCUUAUGGCUUUGCAAAAGCAUCUUAUCCCUUUUCCUUUACAAAUUAUCCAAAUAAUUGGAUGUUAGCUUUACUUUCAUAAUUAUAUACCACACUUAAAAAGAUCAUGUAAUCAUAUUUUACGAUUGUAAAUUUGAUCAGUUGCGAUUAAAAUGUUGAAGGGUACUUCUCAGGUUUUCUGUUGAGAGUCAGAAGGGUAUUAAAAUUUGUUAAAGGGGAAGUCCACCUUGAUAUUAAUUUGGUUUUGAUAGAAGCAGAAAAAUGAGAGGAACAAGUCAGUGAAAUUUU